AUGUGGGGGGACCGGCAGCACUCACUGGAGCAGGGUCCAGGGAUGAAGGCCCUGCUGCGGCUUCUCAGACCAGAUGCCCCCGCCCCCCCCGCGGCCCCCGGUCUCCUCCGGGACCCCUGGGGGCUCCUGCUCUUCGUUGCCCCCUUCCUGCCGGCCCGUGCCAGGCCCACCGAGCCCCGGCAGCUGAGGCCCAGUCUGCUGGGACCUGAGGUCCCCUGCCACGCGGAGUCCCGCUUGCUGGAGCAGAUCCAGUCCUGGGACCUGGACCCGAAGCUCCACUAUAGGGUCACCUGCUUUCUCUCCUGGAGCCCCUGCACUGACUGUGCCCAGGACAUGGCUCAGUUCCUGAAGGAGAACAGCCACGUGAGCCUGAGCCUCUUCGCCUCCCGCCUCUAUACCCGCGGACACUAUGACGAGGGCUUGCGCACCCUGAAGAGGGCCGGGGCCAGCAUGGCCAUCAUGACCUCCAGGGAGUUUGAGCACUGCUGGAACGCCUUCGUGCACCACAAGGGAAACCCCUUCCAGCCCUGGCCGGGUCUGGCCACGGAGAGUCAGAAAUUCUCCGAGAAACUGCAGCGCAUUCUCCGGGUGAGGCUCCUCCCUCCCUCCCUCCCUCCCUGCCACCUCCCCUGCCCUCCUCCCUCCUCUCCCCUCCCUGGCCUUUUCCUGCCCCUCUCAGAGCCUCCACUGCCCCCGAGCGGGGCCCUGGCAGCCGGUGGGUCUGCGCAGGCCUUCCUGAGGCCCAGCGCAACGCCCCGGUCCCUCCUCACAGAUUUCUGCGGCCCUGUCAGGGCCCAAGGGGUGUCCCAGCCUCACACACACGUGCAGCGCAGAGGGCCUGGCGGCGUGGCGGGGGCGGGGGCGGGGGGGACGACAAAGGUGGACACCCCGUCCUGA